GAAGUCAUCCGAAUAAACACUGCACAAGUUGCAGGAAUUCGUGAAUGAAUGACGAAAGCUCCAGAGUUCCUGUGGUUUUAAAAGAGAAAAUGCCAAACAUCAAAGUUUUUAGUGGCAGUUCACAUCCUGAUCUCACUCAGAAGAUAUGUGAUCGGCUUGGUAUCGAGUCGGGCAAAGUGAUCACUAAGAAAUUCAGUAAUGGAGAGUGCAGUGUUGAGAUAGGAGAGUCAGUGCGUGGGGAAGACGUCUAUAUUGUACAGACAGGAUGUAGUGAGGUGAACGACAUGCUGAUGGAGCUUCUUAUCAUGAUAAACGCCUGCAAGAUUGCCUCCGCUUGCCGUGUCACAGCAGUUAUGCCAUGCUUUCCUUAUGCCAGACAAGACAAAAAAGAUAAGAGUCGUGCUCCGAUCUCAGCAAAGUUAGUUGCUAAUAUGUUGUCUACUGCUGGAGCAGAUCAUAUUAUUACAAUGGAUCUACAUGCCUCGCAGAUUCAGGGAUUUUUUGACAUUCCAGUAGAUAACUUGUAUGCUGAACCAGCAGUGUUGAAAUGGAUCAAGGAUAACAUUCCAGGGUGGAGAAACUCCUGUAUUGUCUCCCCUGAUGCCGGAGGUGCUAAAAGAGUUACUUCCAUAGGUGACAGACUGAAUGUAGACUUUGCUCUCAUCCAUAAAGAACGUAAGAAAGCGAAUGAAGUAUCUUCGAUGGUGUUGGUAGGAGAUGUGAAAGACAAGAUUGCUAUACUAGUAGAUGAUAUGGCUGACACAUGCGGAACUGUAUGUCAUGCAGCUGAAAAGUUGUUGGAAGCUGGUGCGGUUAAGGUCUAUGCAAUAUGUACACACGGUAUUCUAUCAGGGCCAGCUAUCUCUAGAAUAAACAACUCGAUGUUUGAAGCGAUGUGUGUCACUAAUACAAUACCUCAGGAAGAACGUAUGAAAGCUGCACCAAAAAUACAGUGUUUGGAUAUCUCGAUGAUUCUAGCGGAGGCAAUCAGACGUACACACAAUGGUGAAUCUGUCUCAUAUCUCUUCAGUCAUGUCCCCAUGUAACACCUACUGCAAGAGUGAAGCUUCAUGCAUUCAGGGUAGCCACAGGAUAAAGUGUAAUCUCAGUGCAGUUAGAGUUGACCUUGUGUAGAUAUUGUUGUAUCCAUCUUAAGACAUAGACGCAAUUCUAUGAAAUAAAAAGUUUGUGUAAACAGUUGUUGAAUAAGACCCCCAUAGCUGCUUAAUGUGAUAUUAUUUUGUACAGAGACAAACUACGGUUGUUUAGCAGUAUUACACGAACUUUCAAACCUCUUUAAACAAACUUGAUGUAGAUGAUUUAAUGUUUAAUAUUCUGGCUUGUUUUUCAGUAACUAACUUAUCAUCAGAUUUAUGUCAUGGGAAUGCUAUAAAAACAGUGUUAGUUGCAAUUUUUUUCAUUUUUGAAGUCGCAGUAUUAUAUUUUAUUUUCUUAGGUAAAAAACAUUGUCUAAUUGUCAAAUAAAACACUAUAAUUUAACACUAUAAUCAUACCAAAUAUCUUUUCCUGCAUUAUAGUUGUGCUAUGAGCAAAUAGAGUGCAGCUCACAAGAAUCAUGAUAAAGAAAUUGUAUAUUUUCUUAAAUAUAUUAUCACAAGGCAUGAAACACGAUAGGGCAUUAACCACUAGCCUGCUGGCGUCAAGUGGUUUUGCCUUUGCAACCAGUGCUGAUCAUGGUCUGCUCUGUUCGCUAUUCAGUCAGUAAAUUUUCAGUGAAACACCCCUUUGAAUGAAAAAUGGUACUGCCGUAAUUGGACCAGUCCAUUUUAGACAUUUAUUAGGGGUAAAGGUUAUGGAAACACUUGUCCAGUUUAUGUGCUGAAAUGAGGAAUUCCAUGAUUUGCUCAUUUACAAAAAGUUGUCGUGGAAUCUGAUAAUUUUUUAAGGAUUUGUGACAAUUUUUUCUUAUCAUUUAUGCAGGUUUAUAAAGUUUUGAAAAGAAAAAACAUGUAAACAGUUGACUUUCUUAAACCUUAAGUUUUCUUAUCAAGUUGCAAUACUGUGUUUGUAAAAAUUACAUGUUUGUCAAGUUUUGUACUGGGAUUGGGUAACUUUAUAAAUUAUACAGUCUAACCUGUCUUAAGCAGCCAGCCAAGGGAAGCAGACAAUUUGGCCGCUUAAGCCAGGUGACCGCUGAUCGGAGGUGCAGCCAGUAUAUGUAUUUUUCAGACUUCUGUCCAGUCUAUAGCCUUUAGGCCCAUUUCUUUUUGGGUUUUCUUUUAUUAUUUUACCAGGAUACAAUGACGUGCAUUUGCCUUCGCAAUACGAAUGGUAUUCUUAGCAAUCUAAAACUCCGGCGUGGUUUUUUACUACAAAAAUUGUUACAGACAAUUUUCCAACUUCAAAACAAAUUUGUUUACAAUUUUCGCCAUUUUGGUAAGGGACGCUACUCUCGGCGCUUAUUGUCUACGCUAAAUCUAAGAUUGCCGUUACGUUCUGUAAAAGAUAGAGUGGUUUAUUAUUUUUUUUUUUCAAACACAAUUUCGUAUAAAUUUAAAAGUAUUUUGAUGACAAAAGUAUACAAAAUCACAAAUAUUAUGCUACUAAUUAAUUAUCGAGUAUUAUCUUUAACCGAGGUCAAACUGUGAACAACAAAUUUGACACGAGGUGACACGUUAAUUGCCGAUAAUUACUGGCCAUUUGAUCAUAACAAAAGGGGGUUACACCUUUGGUUAUCAGUUUUAAUUGAGAAGCUCAUGUCAUUUUGUCGUUUUUAUGGUGAAGUCACGCGAAACUUAGCAACCACAUGCUUCUCAAAAUCGGGUAUCUUCGGCGAUUAUUGCCUAAAAAUAAUUCGUUUUGGAAGAAAAAUGGCCGCUGAAAGGGGUCAAAUACGGCGGUCGGGAGGCAAUUUCGGUGGCCGCUGGCUGCGGACGGCAGGUGGCCGCUGAAUAAAGUGAUAAAAUAGAGGAAAAUCCGUCGGGGGCGUCAUAAAAUGGCCGCUGAACGGAGGUGACCGCUGAUCGGAGGUGACCGUUAGUACAGGUUAGACUGUAUGUAAUUGAGUCAGAAUCUGUCAGUCUUAUCCCAAAUAUUUCGUGUGAAAGUAUUACACCUGCAAAUAUAUUGACUUUACACCCAUUCAUAUAUUCUUAUUAUUUUCAUAUGUUUGAAUAUUACUCUGAAAGUGCUUUUGUUAGUUAUGGGAUAACGCUGUAUGGUACAGACUGUCUUUAAAUGAUCAUCUAAUGAAAUAGCUAGAAAAUUAGAUUGGGAGUGGCUGACAAGGUGGACAUUUAAGACAGUUUUGUAGUGUAUUUUGACCAUACAAAGGUUGUGUUAUACAGCGGGUAAGACUUACAGUAAGUGUUUAUAUAUAUUUUGUACGCAAGAGUUCUGAUCUGAGAUUAAUUUAAUGAAGGAAAAAGUCUCUUGGAUGGGCAUUAAUUGCCAAUUUUUUCAUGUGUGAUAUACUAUAAAAUCCAUGUAAAAAACAGUUGAAACUCAGGAUCUAGAACUCGCCUAUCUCAGAAUUCUGGAAUCUCAACGGUAUUUUCAAGUUCCUUCUCAAAGACACAUGCACAAAGUAUUAUUUCAAGUCGGAUAUCAGUUAUCUAUAAGUAAAAUGCACAGUCAUGUGGAAUUUGAGAUAUCGAGUUUCAACUGUACAUCCAUUUUCUUAUUGAUAUGUGCUCUUUUGUGUUUUGGAUGGGGUAUUUAUGCUGCAUCUGUACUUGUCAGUCUGUACCAACCAUUCUAAGUCCAGUAAAACUUCUGGAGACAAUGCAAAUUCUCAUUUUGCAGAUAUUUUGAAACAUGGUUACAAACUGGUGUGUGUGCAUAUUGAGUGACUAAUGAGUGAAUGUUGAGGAAAGCAUAAAGUUGGGGUUGUUUAAAAUGUUUGUACACAGUACUUACUGUUACAUCUGACCAAAUAUAGCAGGCAUUUUUGGCUGCAUCAAAUAUAUUUGCGCAUUCUACUGUCAGACAGUUUGGGCUGAAACCGUGUAACUAGCAUAUGCCGAUCGUGUGACCAGCAUGUGGUCCUUAUUAUAUAGAUUGCAAUACUGCUAGUGUUUUAAUAUUGCAGUACUACUAGUGUCUCGGUAUUUUACGUUGAAUUAAAAAUCCAUUAUGAAAUUCACAGAUUAAACUGAUAAGAUUUAUACAACAGUAGAAGUUAAAAACAUGUAAAAUUAACUUUAACAAGUGACAUGCUAUGGAGACAAACAGUUUGGUGGUUUGGUGUUAGUUACGUAUAUAAGAUAGUGAGCACAACAGAGUAAUGAAUGAAGGGUAAAAUAAAACUCGCCAAUAUCGCACUUAUUAUAGUUAAAUCAUGGUGUAAUAAAAGAUAAUAUUGUAUAAAGGUUAUGACCUUGGAUGUUCUUUUAUCAUGUAUGUAUUAAAUAUCUGUAUUUCACCCAUUUUCUGAAUAUUUUGUCCAUGUUUAAUUGCGGGUUUUGCAGCAUUUAUAACCAAUUUUAUUUACUGCAGUACAGAAUAUAACUGUAUUUUUUCAGAAUUGAACCUAAGUUGUUAUUUGAUAAAAUGUACACAAAACAUGUUCUAAAUCCUGAAGUUUUAAUGAAAUAAACAUGAUUUUGUACCUUG